AUGGUAGUUUUAGUUUUCUUGCUGCUGGAACUGAUUUCUUACAAUGUAUGUGAGGCUCACAUAGUGAAAUGCAGGCUCCAAGGUCCACACCGUCCACUUCACAUGUAUCAUCAGCCAGGAGAGUUCCUCAUUGGUGGUAUUGUUUUCCAUGGUGGCUUCAUCUCCUCUCCAGAAACAUUCACUGAGGAACCCCCACCAGCGCUGCCUGAAGAGCUUGUGGUGGUACCUAAGAUUUACCAGCACAUCUUGGCCCUGGCCUUUGCAGUCAAGGAGAUCAAUGAAGACCCUCACAUCCUUCCCAACAUCACCUUGGGCUUCCACUUAUAUGACAGCUAUAACUAUGCAAGGAGCACAUAUCUUGCCACACUGCUGCUUUUAUCCAGGGUGGAGAAAUUAGUUCCUAACUAUAUAUGUGAUGUUGAAAAUAAUCUGGCUGGGGUCAUUGGGGGACUUGAUUCUGAAAUCUCCUUUUAUGUGGCCACUGUUUUGGAUAUCUAUAAGAUCCCGCAGCUCAUUUAUGGCUCUGCUCCUGUGAUGAAUCAUAAAAUCCCAGGUCUUCCCUUCUACCAGAUGGCACCCCCGGAAGCCCUUCAGUAUGAGGGAAUUCUCUCUUUGCUUUUGCAUUUCAGGUGGACGUGGAUUGGGGUCGUUGCAAUGGACAAUGACAAUGGAGAAAGAUUUGUGCAAACCAUUUUCCCAAUGUUUACCAAGAGUGGUGUCUGCUUUGCAUUCGUAGAAAAAAUCCCAGAAUUCAGUUUUAUUUCUGAAAUGUAUGGCUUGCUACAACAAGCAGCCAAUAUACAAGGUCAAAUUUUUAGCAGCAAAGCUAAUGUAGUGGUUGCCUCUGGAGAAUCUUAUUCCAUGGCAACUUUUAGAUGGCUUUCAUACCUAUCAGAACAUGAUGACAUGACCAAGAAUGUAGAAAGUAAAGUAUGGAUAAUAACAGCCCAGGUUGAGUUUGCUUCAUUUGUCUAUCAAAGGAAUUGGGAUUCAGGAAUCUUCAAUGGUGCUAUAUCCUUUGAAAUUUACUUCAGAAACCCACCAGGAUUUCAUCAGUAUGUUGUACACAGAAACCCUUCCAGCACAGAUGGGGACGGUUUUAUUAGGGACUUCUGGCAACAGGCCUUUGAAUGUGUAUUCCCGGAUAUCAGUUCAGACAAGGUGGAGGGGAAUAUUUGCACCGGAGAAGAGAAGCUGGAGAGCCUUCCUGGAUCACUUUUUGAAGUGAGCAUGACAGGCCACAGUUACAGCAUCCACAGUGCUGUGUACGCCAUGGCCCAUGCUUUACAUGCCAUGUCCACAUCCAGACUCAGACACAGGAGAAUGGUGUACAGAGGGAGAGGGAAGAAUCAAAAUCAACAGUUUUGGCAGCUCCAUCACUUUAUGAGAAGUAUCUCAUUUAACAAUACGGCAGGAGAUGUGGUCUUCAUCAACCAGAAUGGAGAGGCAGCAUCUAGCUUGGAUAUUGUCAAUUGGAUCGUAUUCACAAACCAAAGUUUACAAAGAGUGAGAGUUGGGAGGAUAGAUCCACAAGCUCCUCCAGACCAAAAAUUAACCCUUGAUGAAGAUGCCAUAACAUGGCACAGUUGGUUUAACCAGACUCAGCCGCUUUCUGUCUGUACUGCGAGAUGUCUUCCAGGAUCCAGCAAGAAAGUGAAGGAGGGACAGCCCCCUUGCUGCUACGAUUGCAUCCCAUGUGCAGAGGGGAAGAUUGCAAACCAGGAUGAUAUGAAUGACUGUAAGAAAUGUCCAGACAAAGACUAUCCAAGCAAGAACCGGGAUGCAUGUCUACCCAAGGAUAUCAGCUUCUUGUCUUAUGAAGAACCAUUGGGCAUCAGUUUAGCCUGCUUCUCUCUUUCCCUUUCCCUGAUCACAGCUCUGGUACUUGGUAUAUUUAUAAAACACCACGAUACACCCAUUGUCAUUGCAAACAACCGAAACCUCACCUACGCUCUCCUCAUCUCUCUCCUGCUCUGCUUCCUUUGUGCAUUGCUCUUCAUUGGCCGACCAGAGAAGGUGACCUGCCUCCUCCGACAAACAGCUUUUGGCAUCAUCUUCUCAACCGCUGUUUCUUGUGUCCUGGCAAAAACCUUCACGGUGGUUUUGGCCUUCAUGGCUACAAAACCAGAGUCCAGGAUGAGGAAAUGGGUGGGGAAAGGACUAGGCCACUCCAUUCUCCUUUCCUGCUCCAUAGUUCAAGCAGGGAUAUGUACUGUGUGGCUGGCAACCUCUCCCCCAUACCCAGAUGUGGACAUGCACGCUGUGAUUGAAGAAAUCAUACUAGUAUGUAAUGAGGGGUCUGUGGCAAUGUUUUAUUGUGUCCUCGUCUACAUGAGCUUCCUGGCAACUGUAAGUUUUGCUGUGGCUUUUCUCGCCAGGAAGCUACCAGACAGUUUCAACGAAGCUAAGUUCAUCACUUUCAGCAUGUUGGUCUUCUGCAGUGUUUGGCUGUCCUUUAUUUCUUCCUAUCUAAGCACCAAGGGAAAAUAUACGGUAGCUGUGGAGAUCUUCUCCAUCUUAGCCUCCGGUGGUGGGUUGCUGGGCUGCAUCUUUGCCCCCAAAUGUUACAUAAUCAUUCUGAGGCCUGAGCUGAACAACAAGGAACAGUUAAUAAGGAAGAAAAAUUAA